GUCUUUCCCGGGCAGGCGGGCGGAGCCGCCCCCGGCACUGAGAAGAAGGGGGCUCAGCGUUCCGCGGCGGUGCCUCAGCGAAACUUUACUUGUGAAAUGUCACAUGAUCUUGGGGAAAGAACAGCAAGAAGACAUCAGUCUUUCAGUUCUAAUAGCAAGAACUUAGCACAGAGGUGUUGAGCACAUGGUAAAAUACAUAACUGCCAAGUUUGCUUGUUCUUUCAACAAACACUGGAAUAGGGACUGAAGACUUGUUUUUUAUUUUUGUGAACCCAAACAAAACGUUCUGCUGCUAUCUGCUAAUAAAAAUAGGGGCACUUUUUGGUACUUGAGCCAGCUGUCACUGUCAGACAAGGUUUCAUUUUUGCACUGAAUGUAGCCAGGACAGAUCCCUGUGGGCUUUGGCAGCCCUUGGAAACUGUCAAAGGCAGUAUUUUGCAUUUCUGCAGAGCUUUGCACAGAUCCUGUUCCCAUGCAAACUGAUGAGGGAGAAAUACUGGAGGAAGGCAGUCCCAAGAUGGAACAUGAGGAUUUUGUAAUGGAGGGGCAUGGCAAGACUCCACCUCCUGGUGAAGAAAACAAACAAGAGAAGGAGCAAGAAAGGGAAGAACAGUUAAUGGAAGACAAGAAAAGGAAGAAAGAGGAUAAGAAAAAGAAGGAAUCUGCUCAGAAGGUCACAGAUCAAAAAACCAAAGUGCCCGAAGUGACGAAACCAAGCUUAAGCCAACCAGUGGCUGCCAGCCCAAUUGGCAACUCUCCAUCGCCACCAGUCAAUGGUGGCAACAAUGCCAAACGGGUGGCAGUGCCGAACGGACAACCGCCAAGCGCCGCCCGCUACAUGCCUCGGGAGGUGCCGCCGCGAUUCCGUUGCCAGCAGGACCACAAAGUGUUACUGAAACGUGGGCAGCCCCCUCCGCCAUCUUGUAUGCUCCUUGGGGGUGGAGCAGGGCCUCCUCCCCCGACAGCACCAGGAGCAAACCCAAACAACGCACAACCAGUGACAGGAGCACUGCUGCAGAGUGACAGUGGGACUGCAACAGAUUCAGCAAUUGGAGGUGCUGCCGCUUCAAAUUAUGCAAAUUCCACUUGGGGUCCUGGAGCCUCCUCCAGCAGUGGCACUAACGCCAACCCAACUCACAUCUGGGACAAGGUGAUUGUAGACGGGUCUGACAUGGAAGAGUGGCCUUGUAUUGCCAGCAAAGAUGCUGAGUCUUCUUCCGAAAACACCACCGAUAACAACAGUGCCUCGAACCCUGGCUUGGAGAAGAAUGCCCUGCCAGGAAGCACCACUAGUAACAAAGGAAAAGGAAGCCAGUGCCAGUCUGGAAGCGCUGGAAACGAAUGUAAUCUUGGGGCCUGGAAAUCUGAUCCCAAGGCUAAAGCUGUUCAAUCUUCCAACCCUGCUGCCGAGAAUAACAAUGGACUAGGUAACUGGAGGAACUUGAGUGGACAAGAUAGAAUCGGUUCUGGUUCUGGCUUCAGCAACUUUAACCCAAAUAGCAACCCAUCUGCUUGGCCAGCACUGGUUCAAGAGGGCAAUUCUAGGAAAGGGGCUUUGGAAUCUGAUAGUGGUAGCUCCAAUGCACAGAUUAGCACAGUAAGUCAGACCUCUAGGGAACAGCAGUCAAAGAUGGAAAAUGCGGGUGUUAACUUUGUCUCUGGCAGAGAACAGGCUCAAAUUCAUAACACUGAUGGACCAAAAAAUGGAAACACUAACUCCUUGAACUUAAGUUCACCAAACCCUAUGGAGAAUAAGGGAAUGCCCUUUGAAAUGGGCUUGGGGAACCCUUCCAGGAGCACUGACACCCCUUCACAAAGCACUGGAGAGAGAAAGACUGGGAAUGUUGGAUCUUGGGGUACAGCUAGGGGGUCUUCUGGAACUGAGACAGUCUCUGGACAGAGUAAUUCUGGAAACCAUGGGAACAAUGGAAAGGAGAGAGAGGACUCCUGGAAAGGAGCUUCAGUUCAAAAACCGAAUGGGUCAAGAAGUGAUUCUUGGGAUAACCGGUCUACGGGUGGUGGGUCUUGGAACUUUGGCCCUCAGCAUGCAAAUGAAAGCAAAUGGGGUGAAGGGAACAAAUUAACAUCUGGGGUCUCUCAGGGAGAAUGGAAACAGCUGUCUGGGUCUGAUGAACUGAAGAUUGGAGAAUGGAGUGGUCCAAACCAACCAAAUUCUAGCACUGGAGCAUGGGACAAUCAAAAAGGCCACCCUCUUCCUGAAAACCAAGGCAAUUCCCAGGCUCCCUGUUGGGGAAGAUCUUCCAGCUCUGCAGGAAGUGAGGUUGGAGGUCAAAGCACUGGAAGCAACCACAAAGCAGGAAGUAGUGACAGUCACAAUUCUGGACGUCGAUCGUAUAGGCCUACGCAUCCCGAUUGCCAGGCUGUCUUGCAGACUUUGCUGAGCAGAACUGAUUUGGACCCCCGAGUGCUUUCAAACACUGGCUGGGGCCAAACUCAAAUUAAGCAAGAUACCGUGUGGGAUAUUGAAGAGAUGCCGCGGCCUGAGGGGAAGUCUGAUAAAGGAACUGAGGGGUGGGAGAGCUCUGCCACACAGACAAAGAACUCAGGGGGUUGGGGCGAUGUACCCAGCCAAAGCAAUCAAAUCAAGUCUGGAUGGGGUGAGCUCUCUACCCCAACGGAGUGGAAGGACCCCAAAAAUACUGGAGGAUGGAAUGACUAUAAGAACCCAAAUUCUUCUAACUGGGGAGGAGGAAGACCAGAAGACAAAUCGUCAUCUUCUUGGAAUGACAGCUCUAGUAAGGAUCAGGGGUGGAGUGGAAGGCAACCUAGUCAAGGAUGGUCUUCUGGAAAGAACGGUUGGGGAGAGGAAGUUGACCAAACAAAAAACAGCAACUGGGAAAGUGCAGGAAACAAGCCAGUGUCUGGUUGGGGUGAAGGUGGGCAAAAUGAGAUUGGAACUUGGGGUAAUGGUGCAAAUACAAGCGCUGCUUCGAAGGGUGGAUGGGAUGAUUGUAAGAGAACUUCAACAUGGAAUGAGACGGGUCGACAGCCCAACUCCUGGAACAAGCAGCAGCAGCAGCACCAGCAGCAACAGCAGGAGACUUCCAGUUCUUGGGGUCCACCGCCCCAAACUCCAAGUAAUGGGCGACCUCCAAACCCAAACUGGAACAGUGGACCACAGCCAGCUGCCUCCAAAGAGGAGGAGCCUAGUGGCUGGGAAGAACCUUCUCCACAGUCAAUCAGUCGAAAAAUGGAUAUUGAUGAUGGCACUUCAGCGUGGGGAGAUCCGAGCAGUUAUAACUACAAGAAUGUGAACCUGUGGGACAAGAACUCGCAAGGAGGACAGGCCCCACGGGAGCAGAGCCUGCCUACUCCAAUGACUAGCAAAUCACAAGCAUCAGUCUGGAGCAAAAGCACUCCACCUGCUCCAGAUAAUGGUACGUCUGCCUGGGGUGAGCCAAAUGAAACCAGUCCCGGGUGGGGUGAAGUAGAUGAUACAGGAGCAUCGACAACAGGCUGGGGGAAUGCACCUUCCAACGCCCCGAGUGCUAUGAAAUCUAGUUCUAAAUCUAUGCAAGAUGGCUGGGGAGAGAGUGAUGGGCCAGUGACAGGAACACGUCAUUCCAGCUGGGAAGAGGAGGAGGAGGGAGGAGUCUGGAACACAGCAGGCUCUCAGGGAAGCAGUUCCUCCCACAACUCAACAAGCUGGGGGCAGGGAGGAAAGAAAACACAAAUGAAGUGCUCAUUAAAAGGAGGGAAUAGUGAUUCAUGGAUGAAUCCUUUAUCCAAACAGUUUUCAAAUAUGGGCUUGCUAAGUCAAACUGAGGACAUUCCAGGCAGUAAGAUGGACUUGUCUGUAGGUGGUCUCCCAGAGAAGAAGUUUGAGGUAGAUAAACGAACCAUGAAUCUUGGGGAUUUCAAUGACAUGAUGAGAAAGGAUCGAUCUGGGUUCCGUCCACCGAAUUCCAAAGACAUGGGAACCACAGAUAGUGGGCCUUAUUUCGAGAAGGGUGGCAAUCAUGGUUUGUUUGGAAACAGCACAGCACAAUCGAGGGGCAUGCACACACCAGUGCAGCCACUAAAUCCUUCCCCCAAUAUCCGGGCGCAAGUGCCUCCCCAAUUUCUUUCUCCCCAGGUUUCGGCCUCCAUGCUCAAACAGUUUCCCAACAGUGGCUUGAAUCCUGGUCUUUUCAAUAUGGGCCCCCAGCUUUCUCCACAACAGAUUGCCAUGCUGAGCCAGCUACCACAGAUUCCCCAGUUUCAAUUAGCAUGUCAGCUUCUCCUUCAGCAGCAGCAACAGCAGCAGCAGCAACUGUUACAGAGCCAGAGGAAAUUAUCCCAAGCUGUGCGACAACAGCAGGAGCAACAGAUUGCUCGUAUGGUGAGUGCCCUCCAGCAGCAGCAACAGAGGCAGCCUAGCAUGAAGCAUUCACCAUCCCACCCUGUUGGGCCUAAGCCACAUUUAGACAGCAUGGUACCCAAUCCUUUGAAUGUGGGUCUCUCAGAUUUACAGACCAAAGGGCAAAUACCUGGAUACGGUUCAGGCUUUGGCUCAAGUGGCAUGGAUUAUGGCAUGGUUGGAGGGAAAGAGGCUGGAACAGAAUCCCGCUUUAAGCAGUGGACUAUGAUGGAAGGGCUGCCCUCUGUGGCUUCACAAGAUGCCAAUAUGCACAAAAAUGGUGCAAUAGUGCCCCCUGGAAAGGCUCGUGGAGGAUCGCCCUACAACCAGUUUGAUAUUAUUCAGGGUGAUCCACUGGGUGGCCACGCAGGCCCUGCUGGUGAUAGUUGGUUACCUGCCAAAUCUCCACCAACAAACAAGAUCGGAAGCAAAUCCAGCAAUGCCAGCUGGCCUCCAGAGUUCCAACCGGGAGUGCCAUGGAAAGGUAUACAAAACAUUGACCCUGAAUCUGAUCCCUAUGUGACCCCUGGAAGUGUGCUGGGGGGGACAGCCACAUCUCCCAUUGUAGAUACUGACCACCAACUUCUGCGGGACAACACCACAGGGUCUAAUUCUUCCCUCAACACCUCGCUGCCUUCACCUGGUGCCUGGCCCUACAGUGCCUCUGACAAUUCCUUCACCAACGUUCAUAGCACUUCAGCAAAAUUCAGUGAUUACAAAUCAACAUGGUCCCCAGAUCCCAUAGGACACAAUCCCGCUCAUCUCUCCAACAAGAUGUGGAAAAACCAUAUUUCCUCAAGGAACACUACAGGGCUGCCCCGCCCGCCUCCUGGCCUGACCAACCCCAAACCAUCAUCUCCAUGGAACAGCACAGCACCCCGAUCGGUCAGGGGCUGGGGGGCACAGGACUCAAGGCUUUCCUCUGGUGAGAAGAAUCAACUGAUAGCACCAUUGAUCAGACCUGAGGAGUCAUCUGCUUGGAGUGAUGGUGGCUCAGUUCGUCCUAGCUACUGGCUGGUUCUUCACAAUCUCACUCCACAGAUCGAUGGGUCAACCUUGAGGACGAUCUGCAUGCAGCAUGGCCCACUGCUGACAUUCCAUCUGAACCUGACCCAGGGCACCGCCCUUAUCCGAUACAACACCAAACAGGAGGCGGCCAAGGCCCAGACUGCACUGCACAUGUGUGUGUUGGGAAACACUACCAUCCUGGCUGAGUUUGCCACAGAUGAAGAGGUUAGUCGCUUUCUGGCACAAGCUCAGCCCCCUACACCUGCAGCAACCCCAAGUGCACCCACAGCAGGCUGGCAAUCCCUGGAGUCAGGACAGAACCAGACAGAUCCAGUUGGACCUGCUUUGAAUCUCUUUGGUGGGUCAACAGGGCUUGGGCAGUGGAGCAGUGGUGGCAGCAGCGGCAGCAGUGGGGGUGAUCUCACUGGCGCCUCAUUGUGGGGACCCCCAAACUAUUCUUCAAGCUUAUGGGGGGUCCCAAGCGUAGAGGAUCCACACAGAAUGGGCAGCCCUGCUCCCUUACUACCUGGAGACCUUCUGGGAGGAGGGUCGGAUUCAAUCUGAACUUAGAACUUUCAACUCUGACCUCGUGACCUUUUUUGGAACAGCAGCAGCACUAACUUGACCUUUUCGUUUUUUUCAACUUGCAAUAAAUACAUUUAUAAAAGGAAAAAAGAAAACGGAGAGAAAAAAAAAAGGUGGGUCAUUGACAGACUGUCUGAGCACAUAGUUGCCUCCCUUAUAUAACUUCAGUUUUUCGUUUGGAAUAUGAAUCCAAAAAGAGAACAUAUCACUCUUGAAAUACUUGAAUCAUGAACGCCAACUUAGAAAGACAAUGUGAAGCAAGUACACAUACCAUUUAAAUUUAAACACAAAAAAUUAAAAAAAUUAGUUUCUAGUUUUUCACUUUUUCAUGUUAUACGGAAGUUGUUGCUAAGAAACAUAUAUACUGAAAAAAUAGCUUUUUAACUUUGUUUGCACUGGGUGUGUUUCCGUCCUUAGGUCUACCAUGUUGGGUUGGGGGAAGGGAGGGGUUUUAAAGAAAAGAAGGGAGGGGGGUUGGGAAAGACUUGACGGAGCCUCACUUUAAAAACAAAAAAACUUAAAAAAAAAAUUAAAAAAAAUUUAAAAACCCACAAAAAAAACAAAACCGAAAAAACAAACAAACAAAAAAAACACCAACAAAACAAAAAACCAACACUUUGUGAUUGGCUGGUUGAUAAGUACCAGUGUGUUCUGGCACAUGUAACUGCCCACGUGUGCUUGUUUCUGUGUGAGUGUGUGUGCACAUGUUUGUGUGUGUGCAUUUUUUUCUCUAUAUAUAUAUAAUCUUGAAACGCUGCAUUGCUGAUGGUCUACGGGCUGGCUGGCCAUCUGCAUGUCUUAAUUCUGAGAAAACAAGACAGGCAUGGUGAAGUCCCUGUGGCUGAAGCAGAAUCCAGUUGGGCUGGAUUAAAAUUUGUCAGUAGAUUUUUUAAAAUUCAUUUUAGCAGGGUGCUAUCUCAAGUCUGUGGAUCAUACUGAGUAGAUAGUUGCUUCCUAGCCCUUGUUCUAACCCUGUGGUAGAGCAGAACACUGCCAUAUCCAAAGGAUUUGGUGAGAGGAGAGCCAGUGUUGUCUUUUGACUAGCAGUGUAUUUAUUUAUUUAUGUCUGCAUGUGGGGUUUUUGUACUGAGUGAACCCUAGAAUGUUUGUGAUAUAAUGCAAGCCAUUUUUUUUUCUUCCAACAAGGGGAAAAAGGGAGGAAAGAAGACAUUGCCAUUUUUUGUGCGGCUAAGACAAAUGUUCUUAAUGCAGUCUCACAAACUCCAGUACCUUAGAAAAAGACCUUUCUUUUUUCUCCCCCAAACUUAUGAAUAGGCACCCAUAUUCAUUCUUGAAAAAAUCCAUCCAAAGUUCGAAAGUCCAGCCCAACCAAAUUAGCCUUUUAAUUGAUUUACUGCUUGUAUUAAAACUGACAAAAACUAAAUCAUGUCGGCAAAUUGCUGGCCGGCCUGCCUCAUCUCCUGAAAGCACAUGCAGCUACUCCUUCCUAUGUCCUUCAUGGUGAGCGUUACCUGUGCCAGGCCUUGGUGUGUUACAGCACCAGACCAUCACUGACAGAAACGUUUACUUACGAAUGUUCUUAAACCAGUGUGUACUUCAAACGUUUCCUUUUGUUCCUCUGUGUUGUGUUUUUUCCUGUGUACGUGGUUUUGCUUAGAGAGGUAUAUAACUAGCAAAGACUUUUUUUUAAAAAAGAAAGUAUUGCACCUUUUUGUUUUUUGUUUUUACUUUUUCUGUACUGUUGCUUUUUAAUUUCUGUAUUUAAGGAAAGGUUUGGGUUUUUUUUUUAGCAUCAGUGUAGUAGUACUCUGGGCAGGAUAGGGGUGACCUAUAAUCCACAGUGAUAGCCAGUGUGUGUGUGCAUGUGUGCGCUGGGAACAAAACUUUUAAGACCUGUUGUUGUGAAAAGACUCAUAGCAGACUUGAAGAAACAUCCCUUAACACAAAGUGCAAAGUCUUUAGGGGUGUGGGGCUGGGAGAAGAGGGAAGAGAGAUGCUGGUACUUUUUCUGUAAGUGCUAGGACUACCAUAUGGCAUUGUGUAGCUGUUACGCAGUCUGACAAAGUGCCAGCAUCCUUUACCAGCAUAAACCUGUCCAUUCCAGCCCUCAGCUGGAGCAGUGGUCAGGCUCUAUUACCUGGGAAGGGGGGGGCCGGAUAGAGAAGUCUCUUUUUUCAGCGUUUUCAUUGAAGGAUACAACAAUGUCUAAAACAUUUAACUCUAAGCAUGGGCUGUGUGGGGAGAAGCAGAGGCAGAUUCAAGUAAUGUUAGGGGUAUGCGUGUGUGCGUGCGUGUGCCUGUGUGCUGGGGGUGGGAGGGAAGGGCUAGGGAGUUGCGUGGCUUUUUUUAAUUCGCCCUUUCUUUGUAAACCCAAUGUCACAAGGAAGGCUGACUGAGGGAAAUGCUGCAUAUACACAUGCCUGUAGAUUUGUAUGCAAAGCGUUACGUGACAAAAAAGCGCGUGAAGGUUUGCAUCUGUUUAGAAAACUGGAGUGCGCAGCAUACUCUGGCCCCUUCUGAAUAUCCUUUUCUAUCGUGUCUCCUUCAUAUCACCAUGCACAAAGAAACAAAAUGCUCUCUUCCAGCUCCUGGUAGCUAGCGCCCCUCACAUGCACACAUCCAUAAGGCUUUGUUUCUGCUAGUCUCUGCUCAAAGACCAGCCACACUCAGAUACACAGAGCAGGUUCUUAAAAGUCCUGUGCCAGCAGUACUUCCUAGUGAAGCACCUUUGGCCCAAAUAAGCCAGUGUCUGUUCUGUCACAUGGUGUGCUAUACAUGCUGGUUUGUUGCUGUGUUCCACCCUCACUUCUCUCUCCCAACCUGCCCUAAGGCCCCUUUUCCUGCACUUUGGGCUAGUUGAGUUCAUUGCGAUACUACGGUGAAAGCCGGGUGCUAGAGCCCCUCUUGUUUACAAGACAUAAUGAGGGAUUUGAAAUAUUUAAAAAGAAAAGCUAAAUUGUUCUUCCAUUGUAAGCUUAAAGGGAAAAAAAUUUAAAACAUACAAAAAAAAAAACAAAAAAAAAAACAAAAAAAACCACAAACAAACAAAAAAAAAAAGACCAAAAAGUGCAUAUAUAUUUUAGAUGAAGACUAACUCUGGGAGCAUUUAACAGUGUUUUUGUUUUAUUUUAACAUUUUAUUUUCCUGCUUUAAAUUUGCAAGCAUUCUCAGGAAUUCUAGGGUAGGAAGCCAGUUUUUUGAAGAUGGUUUAUUUAACCUUAUCCUAGAUAGAUGGCUGUUUCUUGUUGAUAAACUUUUACAAGUUCCUGAAUCUUCAAAAAGUUGAAAGUUUUUACUUUAAAAUAAAAAAGCUAAAAAAAAAUAAUAAAAAGAAAAAGAAAAAAAGAAAAAAUCUCCAAAUGUUACUGUCAAGUGGGGGAUCAAAAAUUUUAAAGACUAUAUAAAUUAAAGUACAUUAAGAAAACUUCUCUAUAUCAGCAGCAGAAAUUCAUUGUAAUCUUUAAAAAGCUGUGGGAGAAGGGUUACCAUUUAUAGUGCUUUUGUUACUCAUGCAAAUGUGUGUGGUAGCAUGGAGAAGAAAAGUGUAUGAAUGGAAAUCUAUAUCACUUUGUUCCCUCUUGAUUGAAACUAAACAAAUAUUCUUCAAAGCACCUUUUUAAACACAAAGAGAAACUGAAACUAUAAGCCUAAUUAUAAUGCAGUAUAGUUUAACUGAAAGAGUCCUCAAUUAGGAGGACAAGCAGGAAAUCGGUGAUGGUGCUUCUCUAAACCACUUUUAAGUAGUGCUAAAGAAAACCAGUGCUGACAGAAUUUUAUUAUCCUGCCUUUUUCAGUACAGAAAAAUAUGAAAAACCUCCCCAAAAAUGUUAAGUUAGAAAUUAACUUUCCUGUUUUCAUCUAUUUGGUCAGUUAUAUUCCCCACUUGGAGAUUUGCUGCUUGCUUGUUUUUUCUUCACCCACUCCACCUCCCUAGUCUUUGUUUUUUAAUACAAGGGAAGUACCUGUUAAACUCUUCUGCUCACCCUGUUGCUGCUGGCUACCAGGGCUUACAGUCUGGAACUUCAGAGUUCAGUGUUGGGAUGGCCAACUUCUGUCUCCCAGUUCUAAGGGUCAGGGGCUUAUUCUGCCUGAAAUGGCCAGGUUUAAACCACAAAAACCACACUAGUGCCUUUUUUACAUGCACCUGCAUGCCCUAGAGUACGGGAAGGGAGGAGAGACAAGGCAAAGUGAGUCAGUAGAGCCACUUCAUAGAAAUAGAUGUAACCAUUUUAAGGAAAAAGAGAGUGCUGCAUAAGCGUGUUGUGCAAUGAGUUACGUAAGUUGUUGAAAUAACUUUCUAUGAUUUAAAAAAAAAAAAAUCUGAUGCCAAAUUCCUGUCCUUUUCAUAUCAGUUGCCCAGUGUUUUCAUGUUGUCUGCGUGUACACCUGAAUGUAUACGUGUGUACUGCAACAAAUGCAUCAAAAAUAAUAAUACACUUUAAAAAAAAAAUCCUGUCAUGGGACAGUGGAGGAAGAGUUUAUUUAGGGGUUUUCCAUUAUGCUUUUUUAUUCUACGGAGAGAAUUUCUGAGUUUUUUUUCCAGAGGGUAUGUUUUAUUCAAUCAGCAGUGUCCCAAGAGAGAGGAAAUUGUAGGAUGGAGUGAAAAAGAGCCCAGGUACUUGACAGUCACUUGGAAGUGGGUUGUGACCGACUGCUGAAGGAUUGGCAGUCUGGAGCUUCAGCAGUAUGCUGGGUCCAAACCUGUUGUACUACCCAGUCUGCUCUUCUGUCUCUAAAAAUGUGAAGGCCUGCAAAUAUUAGUGACCUGUCUCCUCAGUGACAGUUUUCUUAAAUUGUUAACGCAACAUAAAUCUUACUACUUUCUAAAUACAGUUGGUAGUUCUGUUCCUCUCUAAUUUAUAUGCAGUUAAUCAUGAUGUUGUUGCUAGUAUAGCUUAUUAAUGGCACUCCUAACCAUUGCAAGUGAUUUCUGAGCUUUGUGCUAACCAGGCUCAUCUUCUGGGUACAAACAUAGCUUAAUAUUUAAGUACUCAGCUACUAUUUGAUCUCUGAACAGCGAGACGUCAUCAGGAAUAGAUGGUUCUGGGCUUUUACAAAACUGUUCCAAGGAGGAAACCAGUGCCAGAAUCUUUUUUAGACAUAUUGACAAAGCAGGUAGGGAAAACAAGCUAGGGAAAGCACAGCUUGGAAUAGACUUUGGGCUUCUUUUUCCAGAUAAAAAUCAAGCAGCAUAUCUUUCACUGAAAUGCUUCUUACUUUCUCAAACAAUAGACAGACUUUUUAUAAUUUUGUUCCUGGGUUUAGUCUUUAGGUUAUGCAGUUAAAACAUACAUACACUUCACAGGUGGUUUCAGCUUUCCUGUUUGGUUUUUUUCCUGGUUUUGAAUCCUUCAGUACUUAUUUCAUUUUUUAAAAAAAUCAUAAUUUUAGCAGUCUUCUAACCAAGCACGCAUUUAUUACCAGGCACUUUGCAUACCCCACCUGUAGUAUGUAUCCAGCUGAGGUUUUUUUAAUGGGUUUGAUAAUUCUUUGCUCCAUUUCAGUAUUUCAUUAUAGCAGUGACAACAUCUCGCAAACAAAACAAAACAAAAAAACAGCAGGGUACAGCUCAGAAGCCUGUGUUGGGACCUCUGACAUUUACUUUGGAAAGCAGUUUCAGUACCAUGUACUUUGGAAGACAUGCCAUCUUUUCCCAGCAUUUUUAUAUUUUUACCAGGACAUUUGCCCAGCAGUCUUGAGAGUAGGUUUUUCAUUGGUUUGUGGGUUUUUUCCAACGACAGGGUGUCAGGUUUUUCUUACAAGUUUUUUAUUUUGCUUCACAUUAAGUGGCUUGUGAAAUGAGCAAGAAUAUUAAGUCAAGUAUGUUUUUCCUCUGUAAGGUAAACAGGAUGUUUACAACAAACUGGCUGGGAUAGCCACCUCAAAAAUUAAAUAACAACCUUUAUAUUAAGCUGGCCUCUUUUUUCCAUUUUGUUUUGGUUUUGACAUGGAAUUUCUAAGCAUUUAUUUCUUAGAUCUUUUUCCCCAUUCCUUCUUCCUAAAAAUGCUGCCACAUCUUCCACUGUGUCUUACUAGUGCAUCCAAACAAUACUGUAGGGUUCUUUUUGUGUAGUUAGGAUUUUUCGCUUCAUUCUUUAUAACAUUUACCUCUUAAGCUUUUAAUUUUGUUUGUGCAUACUGUUUUCCUGUUCACUUUAAGAGGAGUACUGUUUCUGUAUCUGAAAUGCCCAAUUUUGGCCAAGUCUGGUCCAGGAAAUCAGGAGUGAUCCUCAAGUGAAUUAGUCCCACUGACCUUACGUGAGUAAGUGCUGUUCAUGUAAGGGCUCUUUGUGUAAGUGAACCUUAGCAGGAUCAGGCCAAGGUAGCAAAGGAGGACCUGUUGUAUUUCCAAUGCAGCAAAUACCUAUGUUGCAUAUAUCACAUUCACUGUAAAUCAUAUGACCAGGAGUGGAUUGAAAUGCUGGGUUUAUGGUGGAUGGGUAGCAUCUCAGGGCAUGACUGAAGGAAAAGGUAGUGGUUUUUUUUUCUUUAAAGAGCUAGGAUUCCCCUAGCAGAAGCAGCUUUCUUGAUUGUAAAUAUGCAUGCAUGUAUUUGUGGGUAGGAAAGAAUGCCAAGAAAACUAAGCUGAAGUGAAUUUUAAAGGAAAAUAAAAAUUAAAAAACACCAAACAAAUGCUGUUGAAGUGCAACUUUGGUCCUGAGUCUGAAACAAUAUAUGCAGAACAUGUUUGUCAAAAUUGAUUUUGCACAAAAUAAAAUUUUAGUUCUCUAAUUUAAAUUUUCUACUAUUUUACAAUGUUAGGAACUGUUACUGUUAGAUACAUCAUAUCAGUCAUUCCCACAGUGAUCAUAAUACAGAUGUGUAGAAACCAAACUCCCUCCCUUUUCCUUCACCUCCAAUACUAGGCUUCCACCUGUGGCAGAAAGGUUUUUAUGGAAGUGGGGAGAAAUAGGUAAAGUUUCCCAGUGUAGUUUUCCCUCUUGUCUUGAAUUCACAUCAAAAUCUGUAACUCAAAGCAAAAAUCAUACUGGAGCAGAGCUGUUGGUUGGGCUAAAUGACAGGAGCCUAACUGGAGAUGUUUAGCAGCCUUGAUAGUUCAUGUCCCUCACAAUGUUUUCCAUAAGUGUCCCAUCACUGUAAAUAUCAGUGCUGAAUUUUACCAAAGUCCCCCUGCAGUAGGUAAUAGGAAACAGGUCUGGUUUUUAGUGACACACCAAGCAGUCACUGCAGUAGAAUUCAUGGGCCUGUCUACAUUGCUGUUAAAACUGAGUCAGGGUCCUAUUUAAAAUACAGCUCUCUAUUUUGUGAUGUAACGUGAGACUUUAAACUUUGUGAUGUAGUACCUCUAGCUUGUAAUCCUGAUGUGACAAGUGAUUUAAGGUUACAUCUGUAACCUUAAGCACCACACAGCUCCUGAUGGUUUGGAGCCUGUUUUUUAUAACUAUUGUCAGGCCAAGGUAGAUGCAACUUCAUCUGUGGCACGCAGCAGAUGACACCCUGUCACAUCCACAGUCUGCCUGCGUGUUGCUUUUCAUCGAGCUAUGCAGGAAAGUUUUUUCUCUCAAAGUCUCCCAGAAUCCUGUGCUAUAUAAGCAAGCUUCUAGCAAAUCAAGUGCCCUCUGCGAAGAGCCAUUUUGCCCUGUGUGUGUGACAGCUGGGACUGGUGACAUUCAGCAGUGUUAGGGCUCCUCUUAACUUUGUGGUGAGAAAGGAAGUUUUUUGACUUCAUUCUGACAGCCUUUCUGUAAUUAAUACAGAGCACUCCAGGAAAAAAAAGGGGGGGGGGGGGGGGGAAGGGGAAGGAAGAAUGCAUUGUGCCAGCCAGCAUUAGGUAUUUUCACAGCAAACAUUCUUGAUUGUGGUGGGCUAAGGGAAAGAGAAGAGACUGGAGAACUUUGCAUGGAUGCAUGAUACAAGGAGGCAGUGCUUAGCAAGAAAUGUUUCCUCCCCUUGGGUAUUAGUGUGUGUUGUUACAUUCACAGAACUAACUUCCUUUUUUUUUUUUUUUUAAUGUUUGAUUUAAUUGAUUGAUACAAAGUGGAAGCUUCUCCAGUUUCAGAUGAAACACAACUAUAAGUGAACAUUUUCUUCAUCAUUUACUGUUGAGCAGUAAGAGCAGGUUGCACAGCUUGUUAGAAUAGCUAUUUUAGUGGCAAGGUUAAGAUAUUAUGUGCUUUCUUUCCCCUUCCUCUUCCUGCCAGAUAUGGCUUACCCUUUCUAUAGAAGGCGCUGUGUGGGGUUUUUUUGUUUUGUUUUGGGGACGUAUGGAGACAAAGCAAAAUGAAGUGAAAAAUGCAAGCCAAGGUAGAACAGCCUUACUUUAGGGGGUAGCCUUACAACAGAGCUUUAUAGUGAGUGUGCUGUAUUCCAAAAUAUGUAAGCCAAAAACAAAAAAAAAAGCGUUCAUUUAUGCAAAAAAAAUUUUUUAAAAGAGGUGUUGGAAGACUUCUUUAAUAUGUACCUUCUAAAGGUAGAGUAAGGUCUCACCAAGUGAUACAUUAUUGUGAUAACUUCUUGCUGGGUCAGUAGGGAUGGGUUGGGGUAUAAGCGCUUAACAUUUUCCUCCUAUGUUUUUUACAAGCAGUAAGUUAAAUGUGGUAUUUAUGAAUGUGCCUUUGUGAGUAUAGUGACUGUCUAAUUGAGGAGACCGCUUGGGCUGGAGGGGAGACAGUGGUCAAUUUAUUCUUUCAAGAGGUCAGACAUGGAGAUUCCAGCCCACUGGUCCCUUUUGACAAGCAGCAUCUUUGGGCUGGUCUCUACACUGCACAAUACGUAUUCAGAUGUGGUAAAGAUGGGGUGAGGGGGUGCGAAGGGAUGUCUUGUGAUGCACAGAAGCUGUUGAUAGUUUGAGGCUAGUCUGCCGUUGCAGGUUGAGUUUGUAUAUGUAUUAUGUGGCUUCUCUUUUAUGUUUGUGUGUGUGAGUGUGAGUGCGUGUGGCUUUAUUUUUUGUAAGCACUGGAGAAUUGAAACACAGUGAUGUUUGAGACAGAUUUAUACAUGUAGAGAAGAUGAUGUUUUGUAGCUUCUGUUAAAUAGUGGGUGCAGGCACACUUUUACCCUCUCUGUCCUUGUCCUGAUAAGAGAAACAGGAAAAUUUAUUUUUUUCAGCCCUUCAACUUCCAGCACACUUAUUGUUGCCAUUUAAAUGAACAGGGUAUUACACAAGAAGAAAAAAAAGAGUUUUUGAAAUGGUGAGGUAGAAGUGUUUAAAAAGAAAAAAAAAACCUGAAGUAAUUUUUUGUUUCUUUGAAGCUGUUUGUAGCUAAACAUGGAAAUCUGCAGUGUCUCCUUCCAUUUGUUUUUUUUCUACUAAUUCACCUCUUCGUCCCACCCAAAACACGAGGUGUACAAGAUAAAGAGCUGUUGCUGUAGCCCUUGGUAAUUCCCACCCUGAAAAGAAACUCCGGUGGGAUCCUGCAGCUCUAUUCAGGAAGACAAAGAGAGGAGAGACUCUGCAGUUUUCUUUGCUUCGCUCUCAUUCCUCUCUAAUGGCCUUGAAAUGUAUUAUUAUGCAAAUGUGAAUUUUGAUACUGAACUUAAGAAGAGGUUGUUUGUUCUUUUUUUCAAAAAAAAAAAAAAAAAGGUCCCAUGUGUGGUCAGCAUUGCUUCUUUAUUUUGUAAGUGAAUUGUAAACUAUGCAUUCUGCAAAGGGGGCGUAGGGGACAAAGAUAGCUCUGCUGAAGUGUUUUAAGAGUUUCUGUGUCCAUGGUAUACCCAUUAUAGUUUGGGGAAGUGGGGAGGCGGUGACUUUGAAAUAAAAUGGAGUUGGUAAGAACUUCUCUUUUACAGAAGUUGAUCAUUAGGUAACUGGGCAGAGAUUUGGAAAACCAUUGACUGCAAAAAAAAAACCCGCUCUAAGCCUUGUGCAGGAUUGUGACUUCUAGCCGUGCAGUGUUAACCCAGGGCCAGUAAGGUGAAUGGGACACCAGCGCUACUUGGGAAGCUAUCUGCCAUCUCCUGUGUUCUGGCCUUUGUCAAGCUCAGGAAACACAGUGCUGCAAGCACUGUCUUUUAUGGAUUUACUCCUCAUUUUCCAUUACAGCAGUCCUUGUGCUCUUCCAGGAGAGUUCGAACACAGCUGGUCCUUGACGUCUACUCUUCCUUCUCCCUAAAAUUUUCUUUGCUGCUGUUUCUGGCACAGCUUAUGCAGUGACAGCACAGCUCUAGACAAGAUGGUGGAAGUGGUACUUACUUUCUAGUGCUGACCAGAGCACAACCACAAGGACUGUGUUUCUUUCAACAUCAGCAGCUACUUAUGCUUUGUUGUCUGGUGUGACUGCCAGUGACUUAGCACUAAUGUUGGCAGCAUGUGAAAUUUCAGGGAAUGCAGACUGAUCUGUAGACAAGGCCCUCUAUUUAAGACAGGAUCCUUUUUUUUUACUAUAAGGUAAAUCAUAAUGGUCAGAAAAAAAGAUUUGCUUCCUCACAUCUCCAAAAUGCAGUCAUUGUGAAUUACGUGUGUCCUCGAGGCUUGCUGAGCUCUCAGGAGCAGUCUCCUCAGAAAAAUGUAGAUCUCGCUGCUCUCUUCAUCAUCGUAAUAGGGACCCUUUGACUUGACUUUUUCCUUUGUCCAUGGCAUACCAUGGUACUUACAUUAUCCUUGGCAUUAUCUUAGAUGUAGUCUCAUAAACUGAGAUAUUAUCCUGCCUGUAUUCAGUGUUUUCAUGCAGCAAUUUUUUUUUUGUUGAUGUUCAUAGUACUGUAAUAAGUAAUAGACUUGAUGAUGACUCUCGCAUCUGUGCUUGCCUUGCAGAUGUGAUCUUAUCAGGGUUCCACUCUGUCAGAUUGCCUUUAAAAAAAAAGAGGGAAAAAAAAUCUAAAAAAAAAAAAAAAAAAGAAAAAAAGAAAAUAUAUAUAAAAAAAACAAACAAACCUGAAGUUUAAACUUACAAAAAUACCUCGUGGUACAUUUCCCAUUCUGAUUUAAGUAACCUUUUAAAUCUUACCUUUUCUUCUAAACUUAAUGGGCUUUUAUUUCCAUCUGGUGUUAUCUCCUUUAUAAUAUGAUAUUUGAACUAGUGAUUUUGAGCGCAGGACCACAAGCCUGGAACUCCUGAAUUUUAACAUUGGCCCUUACUUUUCCCUUGCCUUGAGCAAGUUCUUUAACUUCUUUGCCUUUGUUUUUUCAUGUGUAAAGCAGGAGUGAUGAUAAUACCUACCUCACAGGGGUUUUGUGAGGAUCAGCAAGUAAAUGUUUGUAAAAGUGCUUUACAGAAAAAAAGCAUUAUAGAAGUAUUAUGAGGUUUUUACAGCAAGAUCACUCUUUUUACAUUGUUUGCUUGUGUGGAAGGAGAUAACUUUUUUCUUUUUUUUUUUUUUCUUUCUUUUUUUUAUAAUGGUUGAAGCCAUCAGACACACAGAUCCUGAAUAACAGAAGUUGGAGAUUCAGUUACUCAUACUCCUUCUCUGCCUAUAUGCCAGUUUCUUUCUCCUGUUCUUCCUUUACAUAGUUAUGCCAGUGUUUGCUACAGGUCAUACAUACUUUUAAAUAAACUUGAUUAAAGUACUUUGAGCUUGCUGCUUCUUUCACCAGAUCACCAAAUUGGAAUCAGUUUGUGUACCUUUCCCUGCCUUUUAAAUAGAGAUUUUGGUAAUGUCAUCCUUCAGUCAACACAUCUUUUCCUGCCAUCAGGAAGGGGAGGUUGUGGUGCGUAGUUCCAGAGAGGAGACUGUAAUAUGAAGAACCUUGCCACUUUAUGCUGCUGCUCCAGGGAUGAAGGGCAGAGUAGCUUUCUGUUUCCUUCCCUGAACUAAUUUCAGUGUGUUACCAGUGACACUUCAAACACAGUGUCUCUUUUUGUCCAUGAUGUACAGAAGCCAUCACCUGCCAGUAAAAUGUAGGAACAGAGGGAAUGAUAGUAGAUGCUGCUUGUGUAGAUGCCUUACAGCUCUCCCAGAAUGUCUCUGGGGGGGUGGUGGGGGAAGAGGUCUUCAUUGGGUAAAGCCCACAGCUGUCAGGGAACCUCUGCUACUUUCUCCCCUCUCCAAUCACAUGGUCGCCAUUUCUUCUUUCUUGGAUGUGCGUCUCAGGGAUGUGCAUAUGAGCCCAAGCCUUUUGGAAUUUGGCCUUUGAAAUACCAAGAGUAUGGUUUCUGUACCUGAAACCUUCCUAUCUGACACUCCCUGGUCCUUUCUGUCCUGCGUUGCUCCCCUGUGGCCUUAGGAGCACCUCUCCACCAUUGCCGUAUGCCACCCUUUCCAUCUCUGCCAGUACUCAAGGUAAAAUGUACAGUGGUUCUGCAAAAAAGUAAACUGAAAUAAUGCAUGUGCACCUCUAGGGUUUCCACACAUACGUAUCUUGGAUUUCUGCUGCACCCUGUCUAAAACAUGCAGAAUAUCUGAUGCACGAUGCUUUUUCUUUCUCAUCUGGAAAGCAGAACAAACAGCAGCAUGACCCUGCGGGUCAUAAUUCUGUAAUGUUUACUUUGAAGAAUACAUGAUGUAUUUUCCCCAAAGAACCAAAAAAAAACACACCUUCUAUCAAAAGUAACCAAAUGGAACCUUUCUAGGGGCAGGGAGAGAGAAGGGGAGGAGGAAAAGCAGUGAUGGGGAGCGUUCUGAUCUAUUUUAAUCUCCACCGCUUGGAUGGAGCUACGAAAUGCUGCUCUGAGUUCCACAAAACAAAAGGGAUAAUGUUUACAAAGGUAAAAUGCCUUCUACCUGUUCAGGAAACUGGCUAAUGGUGGGCAUCAGGUGUUUUGGCAAGUUUCUCUUAAUUGCAAACAAGUAAUGGGAGAAGAGUGUGUCUGGAAGAGGAAUAGAUUCAUUUCAUCUAGUCUUCUCUAUAAAACAAUGCCUCCUUCCAAAAGAGAGGGAGGAGGUUGCGGAACAGAAAAUCAGCGAUGUCCGAAAUGGCUGGAUUAGAAAAGGCAGCUUUUCUAUUUUGCACAUAAAUAGGUAACAGGAAGGUACAGCUCAAGUCCUCUUGCCUGAAACACUGUCCCCCAGAAGCAGAUGUAAUAAUAAAACUAGUGGCUGUGCAUUGAUGCUAUUUGCAAGUUACCUUUAAGUGUUGUGUUUUGGGUUUUGGUUUUUGUUUUUUUUUUUCUUAUACUUGAAAUGGCUUCCUUUCCUAAACUCUUACUGUAGCUCUGGUUGCUCCCCUCCUUCUCUCUUGUGCAGUAAAGAUACAGGACAAACGGGGAGAUGACACAAUGUCUUGCAUAUCCAGGUUUCAUCGUGAUCUCCAUCCCGUACACUCACAGAUAUUUGAAUUUCCUAAGGGUUUUCCAUGGACACAGAAACUUGGCACUUCAGAAGGUGCUCUUGUACGGCCGGCUGCCCCCCUUCUCCUCCUUUUCUAUAUUUUUAUUUUACUUUUAGUAUAGUGGUACUUAAAAUCACUGGUUCACUUAAAAAGAAAUAAAAAAAUUAAAAAAAAAAAGAUGUUUAAACUCUACUAAUGUACAAAUAAGCUGAAAUGUUGCAUUUUAUGUGUAUUUUUGCCAUAGCAGGUACUGUAUUUCUCAUGCUGGAUUUA